AUGACCAGCUCAGCUCGGCUCCAAGAUAAAGUCGCCAUAGUGACUGGCUCGUCAUCUGGCAUCGGGCGCGCAAUCUCACUCCGCUAUGCCAGAGAAGGGGCGAAAUUAGUAUGUGGGGAUCUGACGCCGACCGCAAGAUCCGAGGACGAAGCCACGAUCACCACACAUGACUCGAUUGUUCAAGCCGGGGGCCAGGCGAUUUUUGUGCAAACCGAUGUUGGCGACGCGAAGGCGAUGGAGAAUCUCGUAGCUGCUGCGGUUGCCCUGUACGGCCGGUUGGAUGUUUUGGUCAACAAUGCUGGAAUUGGUAUUGAAUCUCAUACACCGGCUGUGCUGCAUCUGACGGACGAGGCCAACUGGGACGCGACAAUGCGGGUGAACACUAAAUCCAUUUUCUUGGGUUGCAAGUAUGCUCUUACCCAGAUGUUGGCACAAGAGCCGCAUUCGUCUGGGGACAGAGGUUGGAUUAUCAAUAUCUCCUCGAUCCUUGGGAUUGGGGCCGUCAGCAGUCUCACAAGACAGGCGGCGCUAGAUUAUGCGGGUCACAACAUUCAUGUCAAUGCCUUGUGUCCUGGCUAUACUCACACUGCUCUUCUCGCUGAUGCCCAUCAACACUUGACGUCUAUGGAUGAUCUAAGUCAACUUCAUCCACUGAAAGGACUGGGGAUGCCUGAGGACGUUGCUCGUAUGGCGGUCGUCCUAGCGAGUGAUGAUGCAAGUUGGGUUACAGGUGUGUGUGUUCCGGUCGAUGGUGGAUAUACCGCUCGUUAG